CCCCUCGUCUCUUCCGGAUAAGGCCAUAUCAGCACGCUUUAUUUAUUGCAGAGUAUAUAUUUUUAUCUCGUGUCAGUGAUGUGCCAUUUUUUAUACCUGGGACAUCAUAACGUUUUGUUUGUCUAACUGUCGUCGGUUUCAUGUCGCUCGCAAAGACUCUUACUGAACAAAGUGAGCAGUAGCAUCCAGUCAUGGAGGAGGGGUUAGUGGAGACGCCAGAGGAGCUGCUGGCAAAGCAGCACCGCAAGGAAAAGAAAGAUCUACAAGCUAAAAUCCAGAGCAUGAAAAAUGCAGUUCCCAAAAAUGACAAGAAAAGGAGGAAACAGAUGACAGAGGAGAUUGCCAAGCUGGAAGCUGACCUCAGUCAAAAACACGAGGAGGAAUUCGGGCAACUUAAAUCUACAAAUGACACAAAGGUGGAACAGGUGAUAAAUGGAGUUGAGACCAUGAAGAUGGAGGAUGGAGAACAAGAAGAGCUCAAACAGCCACGAGUAACAAAGGCCCAGAAGAGAAGGGACAAGAAGGCUGCCCAGGAGAAGGAGAGGGAGAGCAGGAUAGCCGAGGCCGAGGUGCAGAACCUGCAGGGUGUGAGGCACCAGGAGGGUUUGAAGCUGGCUCAGAAACUCGCCCAGCAACAACUUCAGAUCAAGGAGAUCUCCUCUGACGGCCACUGCAUGUACCGUGCCAUUGAAGAUCAGCUGGCGCAGCGAUCAAAGCCUGAGUUGACCAUGAGUGUGAAAGAACUGCGGUCCCGUACUGCUGAUCACAUGAGAAGCCAUGCUGAUGACUUCCUGCCUUUCCUCACCAACCCCAACACUGGUGACAUGUACACAACAGAGGAGUUUGAGAAAUACUGCAGUGAAGUGGAGCACACAGCAGCCUGGGGUGGACAGCUGGAACUGCGAGCCUUGACCCAAGUUCUCCACUUGCCAAUAGAAGUCAUCCAGGCUGAUUCUCUGGCUGUAAAAAUUGGGGAGGAAUAUAAAAGUGAACCUAUCACCCUUGUGUACAUGCGACAUGCCUAUGGACUGGGAGAGCACUACAAUUCUGUGGAACGGCUAAAGGAUCAAGCUAAUGCAGAGGACAGCUGAGUGACAACUUAGUCUUGGUGUGACAUAAACCAGUUUGUAUAGUGCAGAGUGUUAAAACCACUCACACCAAGGGCCCCUAAAUACAAACGUAUUUGAAAGGGUGGAUUGUGCUAAUGAAAAAAAUAACAUAGAAAGGAAAUGAAUGUGUUAAUGAUUUUACAUUGGACACCCUUGGUCUAUCCUAAUGACCCCCAGGGGGCCCCUGUGUCUCCUUUGGAAUGAAGUGGUGUAAACACAUACUUAUUAAGCAAAUCCACUUGGGCGGGAGAACAUGGAAGAGCUGUUGAUCUCGCAUGUCACUCAACAAAAUGUCAACAGAGUCCUGAGAGGUUAUUGAACUUUUGCAGCGUUCUUGGAAGGAACUGAGUUGUUGAAGCUGUAAAUCAUAUCGAUGUAACAUAAACAAAUACAAUACAAAUGAGAAUGAGUUGUGUUACUGAUUGUUUAGUGGCAUUUCUGAUUAACAAAUAUAGCAAAAUAAAUGAUAA